AUGGAAUGUAUUUCUUCGCAUAUCCCACAUGUGAUCCCGCUAUUGUUUCAGCUUUCAUGCCUUGAGACUCCAUGGUUUGAAUCACUCGUUAAGAAAGGAGACAUCUUUAUACCACCAAUCAUCACCGAAUGUUUGUGCCGGAGGUGGCGUUCUCUCAGUUUUUCCGGCUACGUUACUGUCCACAAGAAAAAUGGUCGAGCCCUUUUCUACUGGUUGACUGAAGCCGCAACUCACAAUCCAGACCAGAAGCCUCUUCUUCUUUGGCUCAAUGGAGGACCAGGUUGCUCAUCAAUAGCAUAUGGAGCAUCAGAAGAAAUUGGACCUUUCAGAAUUAACAAGACUCUCUCUUCUCUGUACCUCAAUAAAUACUCAUGGAACAAAGAGGCAAAUAUUCUCUUUCUUGAAUCUCCCGCGGGUGUCGGUUUUUCAUACACAAACACUAGCUCUGAUCUCAAAGACACUGGCGACAAAAGAACUGCAAGGGAUGCACUAAUAUUCCUCAAAAGAUGGAUGUCAAGAUUUCCACAAUACAAGCAGAGGGAUUUCUACAUAUCUGGGGAAAGUUAUGCAGGUCAUUAUGUUCCUCAAUUAGCCAAGAAAAUCCAUGUUUACAACAAGAAUCAUCCCAAUCCAUUCAUCAACCUAAAAGGAUUCAUAGUUGGAAAUGCAGUGACAGAUAACAAGUAUGAUAAUAUCGGGACAGUAGAAUAUUGGUGGAGUCAUUCGAUUAUAUCAGACACAACUUACAAAUCGAUCAAGAGUUCUUGCACAUUCUCAUCACAAAACUACACUGAAAAAUGCGAUGAUGCAAUCAAUUAUGCAUGGAAUCAUGAGUUUGGAGAGAUCGAUCAGUACAGCAUUUACACACCUUCUUGCAACAUAUCAUCACGUAAUGCAACUUCUACAAGGCUCAAGAACAGUCUUGUACGUAGAAGAGCUUCAAGCUAUGAUCCAUGCAUCGAGAAAAAUGCUGAAAAGUAUUAUAAUCGGCCUGAUGUACAACAAGCAAUGCAUGCAAAUUACACGGGGAUUCCAUAUAAGUGGACUGCUUGCAGUGAUGAACUUCUAUUAAACUGGAAGGAUUCUGAGUUUUCGAUGCUAUCAACUUACAGGAAGUUAAUCGCAGCUGGUUAUCGAAUUUGGAUGUUUAGUGGUGACACCGAUUCUGUUGUGCCAGUUACUGCAACCAGGUUUUCACUCAGCCAUCUCAAUCUUACGGUUAAAACUCAGUGGUACCCAUGGUAUUUAAACGGACAGGUGGGUGGAUGGACAGAAGUAUAUGAUGGAUUAACAUUUGCGACAGUUAGGGCAGCUGGUCACGAAGUCCCUUUGUUGCAGCCUCAAAGAGGGUUUCUUCUCUUCGAAUCGUUCUUGGCUGGCAAAAAUUUACCAAGAUCAUGAGAAUUAGUUAGAAAGUUGAAGAAAUGAUCAACCUAGAGAGAAUUUGUGGGUUGGUAAUUAAGUAUACGCAUUAUUGAUUCAGAUGAAUUUGAUACGGAAAUUCUUGUGUUGAUAAGAUUUAUUGACCCUUCUGUUAUUAAUUACAUCAUUAUUUAUUAUUCCGGG